AUGGGAGGCUGCGCUAGUUGUCCGGCGGAUAAAUACAAGACCAGCCAGGAGGUUGCGGACCUGCGUGCCCAAGUAGACCAGCUGCAAAAAGCACUGGCAUUGGCCCAUUCCGGAGGCGCAUCUCUUCCUCCUGCUCCUCCUAUUCCAGCACCCGGCAAUGGGUUCGACAGCGGUGUCGUCGAGACGCUGUUCUUCCCGGAUUCCAAGCUGCCUUGCCGCAACAUGAGGAAACCGGGCGGCUGCAGACGACCCCAUUGUGAGUUCGCUCACGAGCCCACCAGCCUCACUCGCUUCCUGGCCCACCUGGCAGCCGCCACCCGCCACCUGGAUAUCUGUGUGUUCACCAUCACCAACGACGACAUCAGCGAUGUGGUGCUUGACCUGCACCGGAAGGGCGUCAAGAUCCGGGUCAUUACCGAUAACGACCAGGCACAAACGCAGGGCUCGGACAUUGACAAAUUCCGUGCUGUUGGUAUUCCUGUACGACAAGACCGCUCACCGGCACACAUGCACCACAAGUUCGCUAUCAUCGACGGUCGUGUGCUGCUGAACGGUUCCUUCAACUGGACCCGCCAGGCCGUUACCGGGAACAACGAAAACGUCACCGUUAUGUCAGAUGCAAGGCUGAUCUCGGCCUUCCAGACGCAGUUCAAUAAGCUCUGGGAAGCGUUUAAGCAGUGA